UUGGUGAAAUCAGGGGUCUACAAUGAGAAAGUGGAGACCGAUGGAUCGAACAUGAAGAAUGUCAUGUUGGUUGGUGAUGGCAUCGACAAAACAAUUGUCAUCGGUGACAUAAACGUCCUAGACGGUUCUAGCACUUUGAACUCGGCCACAUUUGAUGUAUCCGGGGAUGGUUUCUGGGCAAGGGAUAUCACAUUUGAGAACACAGCCGGACCCUACAAACACCAAGCUGUGGCACUAAGGGUAAGCUUGGACUGCGCUGUGUUUUAUCGAUGCAGUUUCAGAGGCUACCAAGACACUCUCUGUGUGCACUCUUUAAGGCAAUUUUAUCGUGACUGCCACAUCUAUGGCACUAUUGAUUUCAUCUUUGGUGACGCCACGACGGUGUUCCAAAACGUUGACAUUUUUGUAAGGAGGCCAAUGCGCCACCAAGCCAACAUGAUAACAGCACGAGGUAGAGUUAAUCCAAAUGAGAAUACAGGGAUUGCCAUUCAAGGUUGUAGGGUUAGGUCAGCAAGUGAUCUCAGUGCAGUAAAAAACAUAUAUAGAACUUUCUUGGGUAGGCCAUGGAAAAAGUAUUCCACAACUGUGUUUAUGAAGACUAACCUAGAUGGUUUAAUUGAUCCAGAAGGAUGGACAGAAUGGAGUGGAAACUUUGCACUUUCUACACUGUUUUAUGGGGAGUAUAUGAAUACAGGUAUUGGUGCAUCUACUCAAAGAAGGGUGAAAUGGCCUGGUUUUCAUGUGCUUAAAAGUCCCCGGGAGGCUUGUCCUUUCGCAGCUAGUACAUUUAUCCAGGCAGAGUCAUGGAUUCCAGAUACGGGAGUGCCAAUUUGGCUUGGAAUUUAA